AUGAAAGGUAGUAUAUUAGCCUGGUACCUAUCGCUGAAGCUGAGGCUUCUCCUUGACGCUCUCACCAAUAUCAUGCGAGCGUCUGCAUUGCCCGUAGCCCUCCUGGGCACCACAGCCCUCGCCACAGAGCCCGUAGUCAAAGUUCUGAAUGGCUCAUAUUCCGGCAUAUACCUUCCACAGUACCAACAAGACAUCUUUCUCGGCAUACCAUACGCCCAAGACACAGGAGGUCAGAAUAGGUUCCUUGUACCUCAAACACUGAACGAAACAUGGCAAGACGUUCGCCCGGCCACAUCCUACAGCCAUGCCUGUCCCAGCUACGAUCCCAACGAUGCCAUCUACGGCAUGAGUGAGAACUGCCUGAGCAUCAAUAUCGUUCGCCCUCAUGGCAUACCUGAAGAUCAAAACUUACCAGUCAUGCUCUGGAUUCACGGAGGAAGUUAUCAAGUCGGUACGACAGGACGUCCUGAUUACAAUCUCACCUUCAUCGUGGAGAAGUCAAUUCAGAUCGGCAAACCAAUUAUUGGAGCUUCCAUCAAUUAUCGAAAAGGCGGCUGGGGAAACCAGUACAGCAUCGAAAUUCAAGGCUCGGGAAACGCGAAUCUCGCGCUUCGGGACAUGCGCAAAGGCCUCAGCUGGAUCUCUGAGAAUAUUGCCGCUUUUGGAGGCAACAAGGACUCUGUCACGAUAUGGGGCGAGAGCUCUGGCUCCUUCGCUGUAGGUCAGCUCCUGCUCAGUUAUGGUGGCAAGACCGAUGGCCUAUUCCAUCGCUCGAUACAAGAAUCGGGUUCCGCUACAACUGCUUGGUAUAAUGGAACUGAUUGGUAUCAACCGAUCUACAAUGAUCUCGUGGACAACACGAAUUGCACUGAUGCGCCUGAUACAUUGGCUUGCUUGCGAACUUUGGAAUACGAUAAGAUCUUUCCCUUUCUGAACAACUCCAAUGUCGCAGGUCCUGGCUGGUAUCCCACUGUGGAUGGUGAUGUGAUUCCUAACUUCCCAACAAUCUUGCUUGAGGAGGGGCGCUUUGCCCACGUUCCACACUUAUACGGAAGCACUUCAGAUGAAGGUACCGAUAACGUUAUUCCUGGCAUCGACACAGACGAAGAACUCCGCUACCACCUCCUGUACAACACAGGCUUCCAAUUUCCCAACUCCACAGUCUCCCGAAUCCUAGACCUGUACCCAGACGAUCCAACUCAAGGCGUGCCCAUCAACACCGGCACCGAACGUUUCGCGGAGUACGGCCAACAAUACAAACGCGCCGCCGCCAUAAUCGGCGACGUCUUCUAUCACGCUCCUCGUUUGUCCGAUGCCCAAUACUAUGCUCAGCACUCUCCCACCUACAUUUACCGUUUCAAUACCCGUCCCUGGCUCAAGAGCACCGGCACGUUGGCUCUACCGCAUAAAGGCGUCCAGCACUUCAGCGAAGUGGCUUUCGUGUUCAAUAAUCCAGAUUUCGUAGGCCCCUACCCGGAAUAUCAGGCGCUAAGUGAGCAGAUCAGCGCGCAGUGGAUCAAUUUUGCGUGGUGUGGACAUCCGAAUGGAGAGGGGUUGCCGCAUUGGCCAUUGUAUAAUGAAAGUCAGGCGGGACAGAAUUUGGUCUUGCAGAGUGAGUCUCAAGGCGGGAAUUAUGUGGAGGAAGAUACAUAUCGGCUAGAAGGUCGGGAGUAUUUGACAAAGUGGGCAAGGAGAAGACAUGUGUGA